AUGGCUGCCGACAUCUGUACAACAUCUGGCUCUUCAGGCUCCAUCAGGAGUGGAAGGCUUCUGGAACCUCAGGCUGCUUCCAUGUGCUUUUCUGCAACUAUGGCCCACAACAACCGAGUCCGUGUUGGAACCACCUCUCUGGGACGACCCAGCCUCUGUCUGCCCAACAGCUGCCGCUCAGCCUGCCCCUUACCCGGCACCCUCAACAUUCCUGCCAACAUUGGGAACUGCGGGAACUAUGGUGAAGGCUUCUUGAAUAGUCAUGAGAAGGAGACCAUGCAGUUCCUGAAUGACCGUCUGGCCAACUACCUGGAGAAGGUGCGUCAGCUGGAGCAGGAGAAUGCGGAGCUGGAGACCAAGAUUCAAGAGUGGAGCAAGUGCCACCCUUCCUUUGUGUGCCCAGAUUAUCAGUCCUACUUCAGGACUAUGGAGGAGUUCCAGCAGAAGAUCCUGUGUACCAAGUCCGAGAACACCAGGCUGGUGGUGCAGGUUGACAAUGCCAAGCUGGCUGCUGAUGACUUCAGAACCAAGUAUGAGACAGAGCGGUCUCUCCGCCAGCUGGUGGAGGCUGAUAUCGGGAGCCUACGCAGGAACCUGGAUGACCUCACUCUGGCUAAAUGUGACCUGGAGGCCCAGCUGGAGUCUCUAAAAGAAGAACUGCUGAGCUUCAAGAAGAACCAUGAGCAGGAAGUCCACAACCUGCAGUGCCAGCUGGGAGACAAGCUCCACAUUGAGCUGGACACCGCUCCACCUGUGGACCUCAACCGGGUGCUGGGUGAGAUGAGGUGCCAGUAUGAGGCCAUGGUGGAGACCAACCGGAAUGAUGUGGAGCAAUGGUUCAUGGCUCAGUGCGAGUGCAUCAGUCUCCAGGAGAUGUCCUGCUCAGAAGAGCUACAGUGCUGCCAGUCGGAGAUCCUGGAGCUAAAGCGCUCAGUGGAUGCUCUGGAGGUUGAGUUGCAGGCUCAGCAUAAACUGAAAGAGUGUUUGGAAAACUCCUUGUGUGAAUCUGAGGCCCGCUAUAGCACCGAGCUGGCCCAGAUGCAGUAUCUGAUCGGCAACGUGGAGGAACAGCUGGCUGAGAUCCGGGCUGACCUGGAGCGGCAGAACCACGAGUAUGAGGUGCUCCUGGACGCCAAAGCCCGGCUGGAGUGUGAGAUCUCCACCUACCGAAACCUGCUGGAGAGUGAAGACUGCAAGCUUCCCUGCAACCCAUGUGCUAACCCUGUAUCCUGUGUCCCUUGUCCACCUCCUGCUGCCUGCACACCCUGUAAGCCUUGCCUUCCCAGUGCCCCACGACCUAUCUGUGGUCCCUGCUCAUCAUCUCGAUGCUGAAGUUCUGACCAGCCUAACACACUGCCCUAUGGAAGAAUCUUCAUCUCCUGAGAUAU